AUGCCAAUUUCAAUCGAGCUCGCGCAGUUCCCUCGGGAUAGCAAGAUAAUCCAUACAUUAUUUUCCGGGUAUGCGACAUCACUGGGAAUUGACCUUACUUUUCAAUCAUUCCAAGAUGAGCUUGAUACGCUACCAGGGAAAUAUGAAGAGUCACAAGGCGGUGCACUGUUAAUUGCUCGAGCAUACAACGAAGGCCAGGAGAAGUCAGAUAUGGUCUCCACUUCUUCAUCAACGCCUUCUACUCCAUCGCCGACCCCACAGAUUGCCCCUGUCGUGGGUUGUGUGGCACUUCGGCGGAGCGCAGACAACUGGUGUGAAAUGAAGCGUCUCUACGUUCUUCCUGAAGCGCGAGGCCUUCGUCUGGGUAACAAUUUGGUAGUCGCUGUUCUUGAAAGAGCAAGUGCUCUGGGUUAUCGUGGUAUCCGCCUGGAUACGCUCCCGGAUAUGACUGCAGCACAACGCCUCUACCGCAGAUAUGGGUUCGUUGAGAUUAGUCCGUAUUAUGACACUCCUAUCAAGACUACUAUUUUCAUGGGCUGCGAGUUUCCUCAAUAG